AUGGCCGUCUUGCGUUCCGACUCCAACGGUGAAGUCGGCCCUCUGGCCGCAGCUUCGCGACAAUGUACGGCUCCCACUCUAGACUCUGGUUGUGCUGCCCAAACAACACUAACAAGCCUGCGCAGGUUCGAAAAAUCUCUCUAUGACCUCAUCAGAGGUCUGCGAAAUCACAAGGGCAACGAGAGGGAGUACAUCCAGAACAGUCUCAAAGAAUGCCGGGCCGAGGUGCGCAGCCAGGACAUGGACCUCAAGGCCACCGCCCUGCUCAAGCUCAUAUACCUCGAGAUGGUUGGGCAUGACAUGUCAUGGGCCUCCUUCCAUGUGCUGGAGGUCAUGUCUUCUCCGAAGUAUCACCAGAAGAGGGUGGGAUACCUCGGGGCUGUCCAGAGCUUCCGGCCCGACACCGAAGUUCUCAUGCUCGCGACGAACCUGCUGAAGAAGGACAUCGCAGCGGCCUCGACAACGAUCAUCUCCCUACCGAUAGCGACGUUACCGCAUAUCAUCACGCCCUCUUUGGCACUGUCUGUAAUGCCAGACCUCCUGCCACGCCUCAGCCACACUCAUCCUGUCAUUCGAAAAAAGACCAUUGUCACAUUGUACAGGUUAGCAUUGGUCUAUCCCGAGACGCUGAGGGCGGCGUGGCCGAAGAUCAAGGAGCGCCUGAUGGACAACGAGGAGGAUCCGAGCGUCACAGCUGCUAUCGUUAAUGUCGUCUGUGAGCUGGGCUCUCGGCGACCUCAUGACUUCCUGCCUCUUGCGCCUCGCCUCUUUGAGUUGUUGGUUGAUGGAGGCAACAACUGGAUGGCCAUCAAGCUUAUCAAGCUUCAGUUCGCCACGUUGACACCCCUGGAACCGCGCCUGGUCCGAAAAUUACUACCGCCUUUGACAGACCUCAUUCGCACCACCCCAGCCAUGUCUCUACUGUAUGAAUGUAUCAACGGCAUCAUACAAGGUGGAAUUCUAGGGAGCGGAGACGAUGUUUCCGGCACCGAAGAGAUUGCCUCCCUUUGCGUCAGCAAGCUCAGGGGCAUGGUGAUGAUUGACGGAGAUCCGAACUUGAAAUAUGUCGCUCUGCUCGCCUUCAACAAGAUUGUGGCCACACAUCCUCUGCUCGUUGCGGAACAGGAGGACGCUAUCCUGGAGUGCAUAGACAGUCCAGAUAUCACAAUUCGGAUCCAAGCCCUGGACUUGGUUCAGGGGCUCGUCAACAGUGACAACCUAGUAUCAAUAGUCAGCCGCUUGAUGAGGCAACUGAAGCUGUCCGAUACCUCGUCCGAGCAUCGGGUCGAAGCGCAGCCCAUCGAGUUCCGGGCCGAGUCUGACGACGAAAGCGAGGCGCGCGUGACGCCGCCUCGUGGUGACAGCGAUGCUCCUCCACUGCCCCUGGACUACAAGGUCGAUGUUAUCGGGAGGAUAUUGACCAUGUGUUCACAAAACAACUACAACAAUUUGAUCGACUUUGACUGGUACAUCGACGUUCUUACACAGCUGAUUCGGACUGCCCCGACGGCACCUCGACGUGAUAAUGAUCUCGAUGAGACCAGGUCAAAAGCGACCGCCACGGAAAUAUCUGAAAGGAUAGGAGAUGAACUUCGAAAUGUGGCUGUCAAGGUCAGGGCCGUCAGAGGUGCCACGAUCAGUACUGCCGAGGCUAUUCUAGCCCAAUUUAAUUCGGAAUCUGCUGUCAACUAUCCUGCUACCUCGGGAGCCCUCCGCCCCAUCGCCUGGAUUCUGGGAGAAUAUGCGAUCCAGCUGUCUUAUCCGGAUGAUACGCUCAGCUAUCUCUUGCAGAUGGUCCCUAGAACGGAAUCUCCUCAGGUGCUAGCCGCUUGCGUGCAGGCUAUUAUCAAGAUAUUCUCGGUGGUCACGAGAGACGAAAGAGAGCUUUGGACGCCGGAGAGAAAGUCGAGGAUAUCACUCCUGAUGGCCCGCAUCAUUCAUGUCCUUGAGCCUCUGACUUUACACCCCAAUCUCGAGGUCCAGGAGCGGGCUGUCGAGUUCUCUGAACUGCUCAAACUCACCGCAGAGGCUGCCUCUGGCCAGUCCACGUCAACUGACGAGGUGCAGCAAGAUGCCCCCUUGCUACUCACCCAAGCCAUCCCAACCCUCUUCAGCGACUGGGAGCUGAAUUCUGUCGCCCCAGGCGCGCAGAGGAAUGUGCCGCUUCCUGAAGGUCUCGACCUCGACGCCCCCAUCCAUCUCAACCUCCCCGGUCUUCUCGCAGAAGCCGACUCAUUAGGCUUUCUCGCCGAAGACGAGGACGAAUUCAAGAUCUACUACCACCAGCGCCAACAACCAACCAGCAUCUCCUCCGCAGAGCCGGCCAUCAACAGGCUCGAAGACGCGCCUACAGAAGUCGGCACUUCCUACCAGCAGGCCGGCGAGGAAUCGUACCUCGACCCGGACAUCCUCGCCCGGCGCAAGGCUGAGCGGCGCGAGCGCAACCGCGACGACCCCUUCUACAUCGGCGGCGAGGGCUCGAGCCGCAGCGGCAGCGGGCUGGGGGGCCGGUCGACGCCCAUCCACAACAUCCUGCAGCGCGAGAACGGGCCGGACCUGGACAUCGACUCCAUACCCAUCAUGCAGCUCGACCUCAACAAGCUCAGCAGCUCUCUGCCGUCAUCGUCUGGGGCAGGUGCCGCCGGCGGCUCAAAGCCGAAGCCCAAGGCGCCAAGGCAGCGUGUCAUUAUUGCCGCCGACGAGACGCUGGCGGGGACGGGCAGCGGGGCCAACACGCCCGCGCGCAACUACGAGUCCGAGAACAACUCGGACAGCUUCACCAAGUCGAGGGCGCGGCGGCUCAAGCAGCAGCAGGGCCUGCUGCAGGUCGACUCGAGCAGCCUGGGAUCGCUCAGCCUUGAGGACGGCGGCGGCGGCGGCGGCGGCCCGGGGGCGGCGACGAUCGCGCCGUACGAUUACGAGAGGCAGCAGAGGGAGGAGGCGGAGAUGGCGCAGGCGAUGAGGGAGGUCGAGCGCCUGCGGCUCGAGAUGCAGCGCGCCAACGAGAGGAUACAGGUCGCGCAGGGGGUGCCGGCCGGCGGCACGGUGGUCAAGAAGAAGAAGAAGAGCAGCAGCGGCGCGAAGACUAAGGCGGCUGAGGGGGGUGGUGAUGGGACGGAGGGCGCGGUGGCGGUGAAGCCUAAAAAGAAGAAGAAGAAGGCCGCUGCCGCCGUCGCUGGGGACGAGGAAGGGGGUGGUGAUGGGGCUGCUGCCGUUGUCUCGCCUGCUGAUGAGGAAGGGGCUUCGUCCGCGGAGGUGGUCAAGCCCAAGAAGAAAAAGAAGAAGCCUCGAGCGCCUGUGGAUUUACAGGAGGGUGAGGGGGCACAAGCUGAGUAG